CCUUUACAGGCACCGGAAUGGGGCUGUGCCAGCGGGAAGUGGGGACGGGGGGAGCCCCUCCGUGCAGCCGAUAAGGUUCAGGAGCAUGGUGGGAUCGGGGCUGGCCUCAUCCUGUGCUUCCGUCAGCAUGGCCAUGGCUGCAGGCCAGGAGAGAGCAGCAUGCCAGCAAGCAGCAAGCCUGUCUGACCUGUUCCUCCAGGCUCAGGGGCCCAGAACAGGCUGCUGUUCCCAGCUGGAGCACUGGACACCCCAGGGCUCAGGGCCCUGCAGUGGAGGGCAGGCAGGAAGGGAAGGGUGGCUGGCACAGCAGUGGCAGUGGGUGCUGAUGGGACCCAGACAUCCUGGCCCCAAACCAGGAGUGCGACACCCCCACCCCAGCACCCAUUUUUGGGGUCGGCUCAGUUUGGGUGCUGGGCUGAGGAUGCUCAUCAGCCCUGGGUGCUGCACCACUGGUGCUCAGUCUUAAAUCACCUGCCCUGUAAUGGAUGCCCGGGCUGGACCCUGGCACCAGCACAGCGCCAUGACCCCAGGAUGCUUCUCUUCCUUUUCCCUGCAAAACGGGCAGUGGAGGCUGGUGAGGGAGGCCAGGGAAAACAGAGCUGCUGAGCCAGGCACAGGAUGGAUCCUCUGCAACUUCUUCCCAGGAAAUUCCUGCCUUACAAAAAAAAGCCCCGUUUUUGUCCUCAGAGGUUGCAAAACCCCAGGAGGAGCAGCCGGACACCCUGUGUGACCCAGCCGUGGGGGGCCACGGGGGAUCUCUCAGCACGGGGAUCUCAACUGGCCAGCACAAGGGGCUCGUUUCGGUGUUGGCCGAUUGGGUCAGCCCUGCCUUCCUGGAAGGUGGCCUUUGAAAGCGCCGGCAUUUCCUUGAAGUCUCCUCGGGGGAAAGUCCCCGCGGUGCCGUUCCCGCGGCCGGGACGGUCGCGCCGGCUGCUGCCUCCAUAAAACGGGCGGGCAGCGGCGGCGCGGGCACAGCGCACCAUGGGCAGCUGCCUGGUCAACCACUGGUUCUCGGCCGCCGUCCUCGCAGCCUGGCUGGGCAUCAACAUCUUCCUCUUCACCUACUACUUUCUGUUCUUUGACCGGGACGAGCGGUAUUUCUACACCAGGGCCAUCCUUGGGUCCGCGUUGGCAUGGGCUCGAGCGUCAGCCAAGUGCCUCAACUUCAACAGCAUGCUGAUCCUGCUGCCCGUGUGCCGCAACCUGCUCUCCUUCCUCCGUGGGACCUGCUCGUGCUGCAGGCGGACGUUGCGGAAGCAGCUGGACCACAACCUCACCUUCCACAAGCUGGUGGCCUACGCACUGGCCCUGCUCACAGCUGUGCACACCAUCGCCCACCUCUUCAACCUGGAGCGCUACAACCAGAGCCAACAAGCCACCGACGGCAGCCUCCCCGCUGUCCUCUCCAAGGUGCACCUGCAGGACAGCAAGUGGCUGAACCCCAUCCACUCCAACCAGACGACCGUCGAGUACGUGGCUUUCACGACCAUCCCGGGGCUCACGGGGGUGAUCAUCACACUGGCACUCAUCCUCAUGGUCACGUCCUCCACCGAGUUCAUCCGCAGGAACUACUUCGAGCUCUUCUGGUACACACACCACCUCUUCCUCGUCUACUUCGCUGGCCUCGUCAUCCACGGCAUCGCUGGGCUGGUGCGUGGGCAGACGGAGCAGAGCAUGGCAGAGGUGCACCCCUAUCACUGCGCCGAGUACCUCACACAGCGGGAGCAGAACUGCACCCACAGCUGCUGCAAAGACCCCGAGUUCGGGAGCAUCCCUGCCGAGUCCUGGAAGUGGGUUCUUGCCCCCAUCAUCCUCUAUGUCUUUGAGCGGAUCCUGCGGGUCUGGCGCGCGCAGCAGAAGGUGGUUGUCACCAAGGUGGUCAUGCACCCUGCCCGCGUGCUGGAGCUGCAGAUGCAGAAGAAGGGCUUCUGCAUGGAGGUGGGCCAGUACAUCUUCGUCAACUGCCCCGCCAUCUCCCCGCUGGAGUGGCACCCCUUCACCCUCACCUCUGCACCCGAGGAGGACUUCUUCUCCAUCCACGUCCGGGCAGCUGGCGACUGGACAGAGCGUCUCAUUGACACCUUCCAACUGGAAACACCCAGGGUCGAGGUGGAUGGUCCCUUUGGCACAGCCAGCGAAGACGUGUUCCAGUACGAGGUGGCCAUGCUGGUUGGAGCGGGCAUCGGCGUCACCCCCUUCGCCUCCAUCCUCAAGUCCAUCUGGUACAAGUUCCAGCAGGCUGACCAGACCCUCAAGACCAAGAAGAUCUACUUCUACUGGCUCUGCCGGGACACAGGAGCCUUCGCCUGGUUCAACGACCUGCUCGCCUCACUGGAGCAGAAGAUGGCUGAGUCGGGCAAGGCAGACUUCCUCACCUACCGUCUCUUCCUCACUGGCUGGGACACCAGCAUUGCCAACAACGUGGCGCUCCGCUUCGACACCGCUACGGACACAGUGACGGGCCUCAGGCACAAAACCAUCUUCGGGCGGCCCAUGUGGAACAUGGAGUUUGCAGCGGUGGCUGCAGCCCACCCCAGGUCAGUGGUCGGUGUGUUCCUCUGUGGGCCGGAGGCCCUGGCAAAGAGCCUGCAGAAGUCUUGUCACCAGCACUCCAGCCUGGACCCCAGGAAGGUCAAAUUCUACUUCAACAAGGAAAACUUUUAAGUGGCAGCGAGGCUGGUGCCCCAGCGGGCAGGGAGUGUAGUGCCUCAAGCCUUUCCAAAGCAAGGCCAGGGAUAAGCAUCUGUGCAUGCACUGAAGCCCAGCAGGACACAGCGAGGUACCCCAUCUCCAUGAGAAAUUCCAGGUUCAAAGACUGCUGCCUGCCUGUCCUGGUGUACAGGGAUCCUCAUGGAGCAAGUGGGCCUGUGGCUCCACCCAGCCCCCUCACUGGGAAACCAGAGCCACAUUCUGUGAUGCUGCUGGAGCAGCGAGAAGCAGUGGGAGCCCAGUGGGUUGGGCAGAACCACUGGAUGGGGAUGGGACGUGGGCAUCCAUGCAGGUGUCAGGGGCCAAACGUGCCCCUCAGGGUUUAAACAUUCAUUUGUAUAAGAAUAAAUUAAACUUCCUUUUCUUUGUAAUGAAA